AUGGAAGCCAAGUGUACCGCUUGCCAAGGCAUCAUCGACUAUACCUUUUCAAAUCCCACCAACAUUCUCACUGCCCUCAACAUGGCUGGUGGCAAUGUCUUCUAUCACAAUAGCUGGGUUACAUUGGACAAAAACACCCGUCUGGCUGUCUAUGGCGACUCUGCUGCUCAUGCUUAUCUGUGCGGGCAGUGGGUUAGAACCAAGCUUGACAAAGCUUCGUGGAACCACAUCCGUAGCGAUGUUAUGAGCAAUGACAGCCUUGCUCGCGUGGGAUUCUCAUCAGGGCUGGAUCGUUGCAUCAAUCUGAACCCCGGCACACUCAAAGUCUCCAGCGGAAUGAUGGCUACAACCGUCGGAGCAAUUCUGGGCGCUGUACAUCUGGAUGGUGGAGAUGCAGCCUUGGCUAUGGUCAUGGAUAAUCUAGGUCUGACGCAUGAUCUCCUGGUAAUGUCGUUCCUUUCCCCCCUCCGCAUUUAUUCUCUCUGUUUUUAG